UUACCCCUGCGCAUGAAAUGUGCUAUGUAAAUAAACUUGCCUUGCCUUUCCUUGCCUCAACAUUGUCAGCUUUAUGUGGGGUAUGCCAAAUGGGGAGGUUGUUGUGGGAAUGAAUGAACACACAAUCUAAGAUGUUCUUUUGCACCACAUCCAUCAAAAACAAUAACAGUUCCAAACCACCACCAUUGGUUUGAUGAAACCAUUUAUGUACUUGUCAAUGUGUAAAUUAAGUCUAGUGUUUUCACCUGUUCCAUGCUAUAAGCUUCUCUAAAACUGCUCUGUUGUGUUGAAGCGCUAAUGUAUUUUUUUGUAAAAUACUUUUAGAUCAGAGAUGGACUAUCAGAGACUAGGGGUGAUUUAUUUAGAGAGUAUAACAUGGCAGGGUGACAUAGUCUGCUUUUGACAAUGUGAAAAAAGUGAAGUUAAUGGCAGCAUCAGGGAUGUAGUGGAGGCUAAACGCAGUUUAUCCACCUCUGAAAUGUCAGAAAUAGAGUUUAUCCACCUCUCAAGAGUUUAUUCACCAACCGCAACUUUUAUUCAAAAGUCACACUGUAUUAGCCACAUUCACAAUAUGUACACUAAUCAACACUCUAUGAACCAAAUGCCAAUGUCCUAAAUGCCAAAAAAAUCCAAUAUCGCAUGGCGCAGUCCACCUCACCGUGAUCACACAAUUCAUAGUUUACCCACCUCUUAUUUUACCACUACAUCCCUGGGCAGCAUAUAAUAUUAAAAGUUCUGUAGCAAGUUGUUUACUGAUAAUUGUUUGCCACAGGUCUUUUUUCAACAAGUAGGCCUAGGCCAUCAUGUAACCCAAAAUGUAAAUGUCCAUUGUCAUUCACACCGUUUUAUGCCUAUCUAAUAAACCUUCAGACAAUAAAAUAAAUGUAGGCAUAUUUUUUUCGUUGGUAACCUAAAACAUACACAGCCACGGUAAAUUCAAAAAAGCAUUUUCGUACCCAGCUAAAAAUAUAGGCCUAGGGUAUUUAUUUUUCGCAAACUGACUCCACCAAAUCACACAUUAGAUAUUGUAGGCCUAGGCUUGCCAUAUUGUUCCACCUGCAGACUGAGCACACCCAGGAACGUGUCGAAUAUGUUGAAUAGGGCCUUUAGCCCGAUUUCUUCUUUUCCAUUUACUUCCUGUGACAGGUAAAUAUAAGCAGGUCACAACGUCCAUCAAGCAAAAUGCGAAAACAAUUAGCAACUCCAAGGGGGAAAUUUAAAAUGCCUGGAAAAAAACGACGAUACAAUGUUCGAUUUCCGCCUGGUCGCAUUAAGAAGAUCAUGCAGAAGGACACCGAGGUGGGACGAAUGGCCAUGGCCGUGCCAGUAGUUAUUUCUAAAGUCUUGGAGAUGUUUCUGAGGUCCCUUCUCACCAAGGCCAACCUCAUCACACAAUCAAGGCAUAGCCGAACUCUAUCAGUUAACCACGUGAAGCAGUGCAUAGACUCCGAGAGGACAUUUGAUUUCCUAAGGGUCUUAGCUGAUCAGGCCUAUGCCACCUCAUCCACCAAAGAGAGCCAAGAGAAGGGGAGUUGGUCACAGCACAGGCGGAGGUGGCAGGAUAUUCCUGUGAAAGCAAAGCCAUCUAAAAUGGAAGAGGCUCCUAAGUCGAAGUUGGCCAUUCGAGAGCCUCUCUAUGACGACAACUCCUCCAGUGAGUCAGAGCUGUACAUCUGUUUGGAUACAUAGUUAUGGACACGUCUUCCUAACCUACAGGUUUACUAUCCAUGAUGUUAUCUUUCCCGUAAGCAUCUCUGGAAACUGAUGUUUGAACUGCGGUGAAGACCCAACAGUAAUUUUGGUUUUGAACUUCAAUAUUGGUGAUUUAUUAUUUGUGGGGAUGAAAGUUUAAUAAUGUGAUAUAUAUGUGUGUGUGUAUAUAUGUGUAUAUAAUAUGUAAGUAAGUAACUUAUAAUGUUUUCUGGAUGUUGAAUGGGGAAAAUGUCAUCAGUGUAAAGUCCAGGGUGUAUCUAUUUAUUUAUUUAUGCUUUUGUUGGCUCCUUUACAAGUGGUACAAAUAUCGAUUAUCAUCAGCACCAUAUCUAUGAAUGAGAAUACUAUGUGGUUGUGGUUGCCAAAUUUCAUGAAGGUAACAAUGAUGUAUCAGUUGGCUUAAUCAUGAAUUUGUUUGCAUUGUGUGUGAUGAGUUAUGCAAGCAACACCGGUUCAUAAUUCAAAAGCUUUAUUCAGAUUUUCAUGAGUUACCCAUUCCUGUACACAUCUUAGUGGCUCUUUUGUCUAUUUCCUGUUUGAACUAUGCAUAUAUUGUACAUUAAAAUGUACA